AUGGUACAAGCGAAAAAACCGAACAAUGAAUAUGGACUCUGUUACUGUGACAAAAUGUCUACACGUAGCGGUCGAAUAAGAACAAGCAUAAUAGAUGUGAGUCCAUCUAGGACACGAAAAGGUAUUUCACCAACGCGAUCUCCCGCCAGAACACGGAAAAGUUCACCGUCUUUGAGAAAAACCCCACCACCCGCUGCGCGGUCUCCCGGUCGUAAAUCUCCGGCGCGAAAAUCUCCUAGCCGAAAGCCAGCGUCUAAAUUUCCCGCGCGGAAAUCGCCUUCAAGAACAACAAUAACAAAAGAAAAAGAGACUAAUGAACCUCCGCCACAGAUUCCAAAAUCUCCAUCUAAAAGGCCCCCAAUUGAAAGCGAUGUGGCAGUUAAAUUAGAAGAUACGUCUGCGAAGCUUUCUUUUUACCGCAGUACUCGCUCCAAGCGCAUUGAAUACUCAAUCAAAGAUUUAGCAACAAACAUUAAGGAGAACGAGUUUUCUCUUGAGAAAAUUAACGGUUUGGAUGAUAAUGAUGUGUUUGGUUUGAGGAAGAGACCUGUCGAGGAGGUCACGCCGCGUCGCUCUAGUAGGCUACGGGAGUUUGUAGAAAAUGUGCCAGACAUAAGACGGAGUAUGAGUAAAUCACUCAGCCAAAGUAAAUCUUUAAGCAAGUCUGUUAGUAAAUCAAUUGAUACAUAUUCGGAUGAUGAUGUUGAAAAUGAGUUCCAACAAGUAACAUCAAAGUUGGUCACUAGGAAACUGGCUACUCCAUUGAGAAGCAGUAUAAAUAAUUAUACUGAAAUUGCUAGCAAAUGGGAGUUUGGUGGGAGAAUUGGAUCAGCUUGUUUAAUGCUUCUGAUUCCUUUGACAGCAAUCUCUAUUAUCAUCUCAUGUAACAAACAGUGUUCAUUUAAAUCACUCUUAGAUCUGUCUUCUUAUAAAUCUCUUAAAGCCUUCUUUAAUUUACCAACUUUUGGUUAUAUCUUUGUGCAGUAUAUUAUACAAGCAAUAUUUGCUAUAGUGCCGAUACUGGGUCCUCAUUCUGAUCGAAUGGAUGAUAUGGGCAUGAAACAUUGCUUUAAUGCAUUUUUCUCUUGCAUAUUUACAAGUAUCUGUUUAUUUUCUCUGGAUUUCUACUUACUCAUCAAUAAAGAUCAUUUAUUGGUAGAAUAUUUGAGACUGGCUGUUGUGUCAUACAUAUUUGCAGUAAUUUUAAGUAUUGUUAUGUACGUUAAGAGUCGUAAAUUGGAUACAGAAGUACUAAAUCACUAUGGCAAUACUGGAUAUAUAUUAUACGACUUUUUUAUUGGACGGGAAGUGCAUCCUUUUAUCAAGAAACUGGAUGUUAAAUUAUGGAUAUCAAGAAUCUCCAAUAUCAAUACCGUAAUACUACUGUCCUUGAUCUUCUCUCGAGGAUUUGAUAUAAAACUUGAUGAAAAAACCAACUUGACAUUGGAAAAAAGCAAUCUGAAUUUGGAAAGUUUGAAACUGUUGCUGGACAAUGUACAGUUGAAGCCCACAAUUAUUUUAUUCUCUUUAAUGCAACUAGUUUAUAUACUAAACUUUAUUAUAAAAGAGUAUAAGAUUACUUCCACAUUUUACUGGCAAUACGAGGGUGUAGGGUAUCUCCAGACUGUGUCGAGUGCCCUAUACCCGUUUUAUUUCACAACAGUGUCUAAGAAUUUAGUAGACACCUCAGUAGUCCUCUCGACUAACACAUUAAUUUCUGCUUUUGUACUAUUUACGCUGGGAUAUCUAAUAAUGCUUAUUAGUAAUAACAUUAAAUAUGAAUUCAGGAAAAAUCCGCUACAUCGUAACUUUGCAAACGUAGAAUCCAUGCCAACCUUCCACGGGAAAAAGCUAUUGCUCUCCGGUCCUUGGGGCGUGCUACGUCAUCCGAACUACACUGGCGAUAUUCUCAUACACAUUGCCUUCGCACUGCCCGGUGUCAUAUCUGGCCAUUACGUGGCUGCGGCGCCCGCUCUUAUAACUAUUGUGAUGUUGAUGCAGCGUGCUUGGCGGGACCAUGCUAGAUGCCAACGACGUUACGGCUCUGCUUGGCAGAGAUAUUGUAAGAGGGUCCCUUCAAUAUUAUUACCGAAACUAUUGUAA